AUGGGUACCCUCGAGGGACAUCUAAUGCCAGGGAUGUUCUUCCUUCUCUAUUCACUCUAUUAUUCAGUGCUGGUGUCUCUGGCCCUGGUGAGAAAACAGAGAUUCCUCAAACUUCCUCUGCCCCCAAGAGAGAAGCGAGGGCAGAGGUGGUGGCAGCUGAUGUCUCUGGAAGGGGUAGUGAAGUUGGUCUUCUCCGUGUCUGGCAUCCUAGGUGAGUUUUUUUAUCCUCCAGGAACAAACCGCAUGAUGAUAGUAGACUGGAAGGACCCUAAGCGACCAUUUAUGUUCAAGAACAAUUGGGAGCAUGUCACUAUGUAUGGAUUCUUUUUGCUCAGUGGUGUGGUGGACAUUGUGAGCCAGUCUUGUCUGGCACGACAGAAGAUAAAGCUGGAGAGAGCAGCUGAGGCCCUGGCUUUCUUCAUACUGCUACUGCUGAUGAUAAACCACAUUCAAGGCAAGAGCGUCAUGGAGAUCCGAGCCCACAUAUUUUUUAUGGUGCCCUCCUUUUUGGUGGGCUUGGUGCUCACCAUAGAGAUCUGGGUCCCCAACCAGCCAUCACUCUGGGUGCUCAAGACAUGGAUGGGGCUGGUGCUCAGCAACUGGAUGCUACAAAUCAGUAUAGUGAUGUACAUUCCUCCCACCAGACAGCCCUGGCGUUCAGAUAACAUUAAUGACCUCGCCUUCCUCUCCAUUUUCUUCUGCUGGCAUGUGGCCCUAGGGGCUGCCAUACUGGCUGCCAUCUAUGGUCUCUGCCGUCUCUGGUACCAUCACUACUCCUCCUGCAUAGAGGUGUCAUUUACCAGGUAUCAGCCAUGCCCCACGGACCCAAGCAGUGAAGAGCUAGAGAAGUUCAUAACACCAGCUGUGCUGCAGGAUGGAGUUGUCUAG